AUGGGUAAGCUAGGUCAUUAGGGGCGUAACACAUCAGCAAGCGACAUUCGUCCGAGUAAUCUUUGCUAGAGCACACAGGUAAUUGCACGAAACGACGGGUAAUAGUUCUUAAUUUUGUUUAAGAAGAUAUUUAAAAUUCGUCUAACGCAAAGAAAAAGCUACAUCAACAAGUAUACAGCCUGAUCCGAAGUGCAGCAAAAGGCAGGGCGAGUGUGUGGAGUGGAGCAUCUGCACGUGGUCGGUCAGUGUCUUGCCCUUAAAUCGUCCAUCCCACUUUCAUCUUAGAAUAGAUCCUGUUGGAAUGCCCCAAUCUACUCUUUCUCCCAUCCGGAUGACUGAUGCCCACUCAGCAACUUCUGUUGGAUCAGCUAGCAGCUUAUUGGUUUCUUCUGAAAGUGAAUCAGCUAAGGAGAAGUUAGAUAGCACAAGCAGUUUGAAGAAUGGGUAUGUUGGAUCGUUCACAACCUUGGCUCAGCCAUGUUUGCCAUACCCACCCUAUCCAGAAACACAGCAAAAGAAUAGGGCUGUUUCGAUGGCUGAAACAUCACCAGUGCUAUGGCAUGACCAGGUGCAAAAAACGACUGAAAAGGUUGAAUCAACACUUAUUACUCCAAAUGAAAAGGAGUUGAGCACAAAGGAGGAUACUGUGAAAAAAGAUAGACGUCUGUCAACGGCAUCAUCUGACAGUGGUAAUGGAGGUUGUGGAGGGCUUAAGAAGAAAAAAUAUAGGCGUUUUGGAGAGGUUGAUAAAACGGAAAAGAAAAAACUGACACCCAGACAAUGGCUUCUAUUGGUUGUUCUCUCUUUAGCAACUCUUACAUCAUCAUUUGCCAUUUGCCUUUUCCCCCCGUUCUUUCCCAAAAUUGCCGAAGAUAAGGGUGCCACAGUAUCCAUUUAUGGAUUUAUCAUUGGUACCAACUGCCUGACAUCGUUUCUUGUCACUCCUUUUAUUGGAAAAAACCUGAAAGUUAUUGGCGUUCGGUUCGCCUUUGUUUCUGGAGUUUUCAUUGGAGGUAUUUGCUGCUUGUUGUCGGGCUUUUUAGAGUAUUUCCCUCCCGGGGGUUCAUUCGUCGUAAUAUCUAUAUUGAUCCGCGUCAUUCAUGCGGCCGGAAACGCUGGUACAAUUACGUCGACGUUUACGUACACUGCUGUGGAGUUUCCAAAUUCCGUUGCCAAAAUCUUUAGUCUAACAAGAACAAUGAUGAACAUUGCCCAGCUUGCUGGGCCUAUAGUCGGCGGUGCAUUGUAUGAAGUCGGUGGUUUUAAGACUCCCUUUAUCCUCAUGGGAGGAAUUCAAACUAUUAUGGCCUUUAUUGCAUUACCCUUUCUCCCCGAUUAUGACGUGUCACAGUAUGACGAGGGAUCGACUAAAACUCAAUCGCCAUUGGAUAUUUUGUGUAUUCCAUCCAUUUGGAUCCCGUUCUUCACGUUCAUCUUAUCGACCAUGUCGAACGGGUUCCUCUCGAUCAACCUUGAACCGCAAGUGUUGCGAACGUUCGACUUGACGCCAUUUUACGUCGGAAUCUUUUUCGGCUUGAAAGACGGGGCCAACAGCAUAGCCAGUCCUAUUUGGGGAUACUUGUGUGAUCGCCGAGGAUCUGUCAAACUGUGCCUUCUUUCCAGUACCAUGAUCGGAGCCUUGUCCAUAUUUUUGCUGGGGCCUUUUCCCUUCGUUCCUAUUGAUCGAAAUCUAGCUGUUGUCGGUAUCGCAUUGGCACUAAGUGGAGUUGCGUUUGCAGGGCAACAAGUUUCGGGGGUCGUUGAUGCCAUGAGAGAAGCUGUACAUGCUGGUUAUCCGGAUAAUCCCAGUACUCACGGGCUUGUUGCCGGUAUAUGGUCGUCUCUUAGUGGUGCUGGGCGUUUUGUUUCACGCGCUGGGACUGGCAUUUUAGUGGACCACAUUGGUUUCCAAAUGACGGCUGUCGUCGUCUUCUCUGUCCAAAUUACAGUGGGACUAGCAACCAUGUGCUUCAUGUUACCAAAGUGCAAGAAAGGUGACGGCAAAUCCGACGGGUAUGACACGACAGUGGAUGCCAUAUCUACGCGGACAACAUCGUUUACUUAUUCCGUCGUGGAUGUCGGUGAGUUUCCACGAUUAACUAUUUCUCAGCCCGAAUCUCCAGCCGAGUCCGUCACGUGCAAAUCAGUGUCGAUCCCAUUACCGCGAGACUGUGCCAUUAUUCGCCGCAUGCGCGCUGAAACAUAUGCCGGGUUCUCUGGCUGAACAGAUUAGGCCCAUCGUGUAGACUAGAUAAUUGAAUUUAGGAACUUGAGAAUCUCAUCUAGCCCCCUACCACUUGCCACAUCUGUAACAAUACCCGAUAUUUUCCGUGUCUCUUCCGGCUGGCUUUAACUAUUUUUAUGAAAAUCGUAUCCGGCUAAUCCAUACUGUCAACUAUCUCCCUUUAAAAAAAAAACUUAAUCUUGUAAAAAAAAAAAGAUAUUUGUUAUUUAGCGUAAAUUUUGUUUUGUUCUAGACAGCUU